AUAGACGUUUCCUUCGUUUUCCAAAUUUCUCAUUUCUCAUUCAUUGCUAUCCAUCGCUGUUGCGUUAGAAACUUGGAAUUGCUUUAUUACUUCAUCCUUGCCUCACCCUCUUGUUCGCAAACAAAUCAGAUGGCUCCCAACUGUGUAAAUCUUUCUAAUCCUUACCAUCAAUGCACCCAAGCUUGCUCCCAAAGCACCAACACCAAACACACAAAUAAAAAGAAGAGUUCAGGUUAUGGCCGAAGUGUGACUGAUGGUCAGCUUGGCAAAAAGAUGAAUGACCAAAAACGAACGUAUUCAGGUUGUCCUAAAGCAUCUAAUCCUUACCACCAGUGUGAUGACAAUUGUUACAAAAGAUUGUCGGAUUCAGGUGCCCCUCCUCCUGUGAAGUUUGAGAGGAAAAAGAAGGCAGGUUCUAAACCAGAACCCCCAGUUCUUGACGGUGUUCCAGCCUCAAAAGUUGGGGCAAUAUACCUAUCUGAUGCUUCAUCACCAAUAUCACAUUAUUCUGAGAAGGAAAAGGUGGAGAAAGAAAACAAGAAGCACGUUCCCUCUGAACCAAUUAAUGGACAGACACAUAUCCCAACUUUAAAACCUGUCAAUCACAAAGACCAACCAAAGGAUGUUGAAGACAAAAUUGCUAAUUCUCAUAAAGUUGUUCCAAUAACCCCAGUUGAUGACACUGAAGAAGGUAUUACUAUAAUUUCAACUGGUGAAAUUCAAGUUGAAAAUGAGAGUGAUGAAGGAGAGGCCGAGUCUGUGACAUCUGAACCCCGUAUUCGAGUUGGAAGGUAUGAAAUAAAACAAAGUUUUGCUUCCAUCUUUCAUUCUAUCCUUGACAAGUAUGGGGACAUAGGUGCAAGCUGUCACUUGGAAUCACUUGCGAUGCGCUCAUAUUACAUUGAGUGUGUAUGUUUCGUGGUGCAAGAGUUACAAUCCACCACAAUAAUGGAAUUAAGCAAGUCCAAACUGAAAGAACUAUUGGCUAUUCUUAAGGAUGUAGAAUCUGCUAAACUUCGGGUGGCGUGGUUGCAUAGCGUCCUUGAUGAACUAGCUGAAAAUAUUGAACUCAUUGAUGAGCACCAGGAGGUGGUGACAGAAAAGGAUAACUCUGGUCGCCAAGUGCAGUCACUGAGAGAAGAGCUUGAAUCAGAGUUGGAAAGUUUGGCUCGGAAAGAACAAGAGGUUGCUGAUAUCAAAACACGAAUUCCUGAGAUCAGAGGUCGCUUGAGCGAGCUCGAACUCAAGGCCUCUGAACUGAACAAAAACAUGCUAUCUAUCAAGUCCAAGGUUGAUAAUCUGCAUAUCAAAUCCUUGGUAGAUGAACUAUUAUAAUUAUAACUCAGCAAUUUCGUCUGCUGAGAAAUCAUAUUAAUAUGUUGUAGUUGUAAUUGUAAUCCUUAAAAGUAGAAUAUAUAUAGUUUAUAGAAUAAGUGCAUGCGGAGGAGCAUAUAUUAUUUACUCAUUAUAUGAACAUACUGACAUAUGAUAUGAUACACAAAUGCACCCUCUCCAUAGGAUUUGAACUUUAA